ACCAAAGCUUUGGACAAGCUAGGAACCCCCACACACACCCUGCCCCGAGGCCUUUGCCCUGGGUCCAGAGUCUGACUCCUACCUACUUAUGGCAAUGAGAGCACCUAGAGGCCACAUGCAAGAGACGUCCCUUGUUUUUCAGGAAACCAUGACAGCUGCAGUAACACUUGAAACAAUGGCCAGUGGAGAGGAAUAUGAGCCGAGGAACUGUGUGGUGUGUGGAGACCGAGCCACAGGCUAUCAUUUCCAUGCCCUGACUUGUGAGGGCUGCAAGGGCUUCUUCAGGUGAAAACUUUCUCCCCCAUCGAAAUAACCCCCACAAUCCUAUCAGUCACCUUUAAACACUGGCACAUCUCCAGGUUUACCAAGCUCCGAUACUCUCGCAGCUAAGCUAGACUAUCCUGUGUUUAACACCCUAGAGCUUGCUGACCACAACACUCUAUGAAACUGGUAACAUAGUAACAAGCAGGCCAACCAGGUAUCCUGGAGACACAGCCUAUCCGACGAGAGCACUUGCUUAGCACAUCCUAUCUACAAAGUACCAAGUUGAUACCACACAAUGCAGGUUCCUGAGUGACUCUGCGUUCCCAUGAAAAUGCUCCGACUGCCUCUGAAGACCUCUGGGCCCAGCUCAGAUUAGCCUGUGGCUAAAUCAAUUAGUCUCUUAGACACGUAUCCUUUCAGCCUCACCUUCUACGCACCUGCAUGCUCACUGCCAUCUCAAACCCUGCAGAGUCUGUCUCUCUCUCUCUCUCUCUUGCAGACGAACAGUCAGCAAAACCAUUAGUCCCAUGUGUCCAUUUGCUGGAAGCUGUGAGGUCAGCAAGGCCCAGAGACGCCACUGUCCAGCCUGCAGGUUGCAGAAGUGUCUAAAUGCUGGCAUGAGGAAAGACAGUGAGUUGAGCCCCUUAGCACCCCAGGAAUCCAUUGGCUGCGCCUCUCUGCUUUUUUGUAUCCCUAAUAUAGCUCAUGGUCCACAGAGCAGGCAGAUUAAGCUUUUUGAAACUAAUCAGAUUAGGCCUCUGUUUUCAAAGCUUCUAGUCUCUCUUUUUCAAAAUGUUUCUUUUUAAUGUGUAGAAGCGUUUGCCUGCAUAUAUGUCUGAGCGCCAUGUGCACAACUGGUACCUACAGAGGCUACAAGAGGGUAUUGGAUCUCUUAGAACUGGCAUUACAAAUGGCUAUGAGGUUGCCAUUGAUACUGUCAGCGGAGGCGCUGGCACUGCGGCGAGCCAGGCAGGCACGGCGGAGGGCACAGAAAGCAUCCCUGCAACUGAGUCAGGAGCAGAAGGAGCUGGUCCAGACCCUCCUGGGGGCCCACACUCGCCAUAUGGGUUCCACAUUUGACCAGUUUGUGAAGUUCAAGCCUCCAGCUUUCCUGUUCCUCCAUCACCGGCCCUUCCCGCCUCUGGUCCCCGUGUUGACUCUGCUCACACACUUCGCAGAUAUCAAUACUUUCAUGGUGCAGCAGAUCAUCAAGUUCACCAAGGAUCUGCCCCUUUUCCGGUCCCUAUCCAUGGAGGACCAGAUCUCCCUUCUCAAGGGAGCGGCUGUGGAAAUAUUACACAUCUCACUGAACACCACCUUCUGUCUUCAAACACAGAAUUUCCUCUGUGGACCUCUUUGCUACAAAAUGGAAGAUGCAGUUCAUGCAGGGUUCCAGUAUGACUUUGUGGAGGUGAUUUUUCGCUUCCAUAUAACGCUGAAACGACUACGGCUCCAAGAGCCUGAGUAUGUGCUCAUGGCUGCCCUGGCCCUCUUCUCUCCUGACAGGCCUGGAGUUACCCAGAGGGAAGAGAUCAAUCGGCUCCAAGAGGAGAUGGCGCUGAUUUUAUACAACCACAUUACGGAACAACAGCCAAGGCUCCAAAGUCGGUUUCUGUACGCGAAGCUGAUGGGCCUGUUGGCUGAGCUCCGGAGUAUAAACAAUACAUACUCAUACGAAAUACAUCGCAUCCAAGGACUGUCUGCUAUGAUGCCGCUGCUUGGGGAAAUCUGCAGCUGAGGCCCUGGCUCAAAUUCUUCCACAGACCCCCUCGGAUACACUGGGCUGGAACAGGGAAAUUGCUGGUACCCGAGAUGGGAACCAGCAGAAAGGGCUCAGUGGUGGCAAUGAAACGCUGAAUAGCAA